AUGCGUCAUUUCGACCCAACAUCUAAAAACGAUGAGGAAGCCGACCUCGGACUUGCAGGCGAAAAUCUUCGAAUGUCUGCUAUUGCCAAGGUUCCUGCACUCAAUAUUGUGAUACAGAUCGUUGGAAGUCGAGGCGACAUCCAGCCCUUCAUAGCUUUGGGCACCGAGCUUAAGCGCUACGGUCAUAGGAUACGCAUUGCGACGCACGAUGUCUUCAAGCAUUUUGUACACGAGUCAGAUCUCGAGUUCUUCCCUAUCGGUGCUGAUCCGUCAGAACUUAUGGCAUACAUGGUGAAGAACCCUGGUAUCAUCCCUAAGUUUUCAACGAUCAAGGCCGGAGACAUCGGCAAAAAACGCGCCAUGAUUGCUGAUAUACUAGAGGGCUGUUGGAGAUCAUGCCUCGAACCUGAUCUAGAUACUGGUGUGCCGUUCAUCGCAGAAGCCAUUAUCGCAAACCCGCCAAGUUUUGCACAUGUGCAUUGUGCAGAGGCACUAGGGAUUCCACUACACAUGAUGUUCACGAUGCCUUGGAGCCCAACAAAAGCCUUUCCACAUCCCCUGGCGAAUAUCAAACGGUCGAAUCUCGAUCCGAGUACGGCCAACUAUCUCACCUAUGGAAUGAUUGAGAUGAUGACUUGGCAAGGACUGGGAGAUAUCAUCAAUGACUGGCGAGAGAAUACACUCUCACUGGAACCAAUCGGCGCUAUCGAUGCGGCAGGUGUUAUGGAAUCGCUUCAAGUACCUUACACAUAUUGCUGGUCGCCAAGUCUCGUACCCAAACCGAAUGAUUGGCCAUCACACAUUGACGUUUGCGGGUUCUUUUUCCGGGAAGAGCCUCAAUAUUCGCCUCCAAAGCAUAUAGAUGAAUUCCUUCGAGCUGGUCCUCCACCGCUGUACAUUGGUUUCGGCAGUAUCGUGAUGGAAGACCCAGCUUCCGUUACAGAAAUCAUCUUGUCUACACUACGGAAGUGUGGUGUUAGAGCUAUUAUUUCACGGGGAUGGAGCAACCUUGGUGAGGGGAGGGAGGACGAGAAUGCGCUAUUCAUUGGGGACUGUCCUCAUGAAUGGUUGUUCAAGCGCGUCUCUGGAGUUGUGCAUCACGGCGGUGCAGGAACAACAGCCUGUGGACUUUUGAAUGCGCGUCCGACUUCCAUCAUCCCAUUUUUCGGAGAUCAGCCGUUUUGGGGAGAGAUGGUAGCUGCUGCAGGCGCUGGGCCUCGCCCAGUUCACCACACAUCUCUCACCGAGGAAAACUUCACAGUCAUUAUUAAGACUUUGCUCGAUCCGAAUACAAAGCGCUCAGCCAAGGCUAUCGCAGCAAAGAUGCAAUGCGAGCAAGGUGUGAGGCGUGCUGUAGAAUCAUUUCACAGUAAUCUUCCCCGAACAAAUCUUGCAUGCAGCCUGUUGCCUACCGAAAGCGGGGUAUGGAUGUACGAUGCAAAGGCACUCAAGAAACAAAAGAAGAAGGCUAUUGAGGGCCUUAGACUAUCCCCUAAAGCAGUCACGGUCUUGAGUAAGCACAAACUACUGGACUUGACCAACCUCAACUUGCAACACUCCAACCCUUUCCAUCUUGAAACGGAACGUUGGGAUCCCCUGACAGCAACCUCCUCCUCCGUCCUUGCUAGCGUCGUCGACUUCAGCCACGGCUUUGGCUCCCUCGCCUCGGCUCCUGUCAAAGCGUACAAACACUACCAUCCUGCCAAGGCCUCGUUUUCUCCUGAUGUACCCUCCACCGCCAAAACGGCCUCUGCUGGUUCUGGCGCCGGCGCCGCCUCUAAGGCUGGCAUUAAUAAAAUGAUGGCCAGUCUCAUCAAAGGUUCAUUAGUCGACUUUCCCGUCGCUCUAACGGAAGGACUGAAUAAUGUGCCUCUAAUGUAUGGCGAAAAAGUCCGGAAGAGGAAACCGAUCACAGACUGGAAGAGUGGGAGCAAGGAAGCUGGUAAGAAUUUUGUGAAUGGUUUUGCGGAUCCGAUAUAUUGUUUGUUUAAACAGCCGGCCGUGGGUUUAACAAAACAUGGUGGCUUGGGGCUAGUAACUGGGUUAGGAAAAGCGGGGAUGGGCUUAGUAGUGAAGCCAGGGAGUGCUAUGUUUGGUCUCUUUGCCUAUCCUGCCCUUGGUAUCUACCAAUCCAUCGUUGGCGCAUCAACUUCAGCAACACAAGCAGCUAUUUUAAAAGCCCGAGUAGCACAUGACGCCUUUUUUAAUGAUGUGCAUCAGCCAAAUGUGGAGGAGGAGGCAGAGGUCCUAAGAAAGUUCAAUGAGUUGAAGUAG